UUCGGCGUGAGAAAACCGUUAGACCCGACGACGUGUUCCUACGCAUGAGUUUAGCUAGCUAACUUCGCCAUGACAUCGCCUACAAGUGUGAUCGGGGACUUCUAUUGGAGAAGCAGUUUUAGCCUAUCUUCAUACUGUACUGUCUUUGGAGGUGUCUAUCUAUGGUACAAACUCUGUGAUUGUAACCUCUGCCUUCUCUUUUACUUCCGUAAACAUACCGUUUACAGGAACUGACACUGUAGUAAAUACCACCAGAACGGAAGUCCAUGUAGCGCGCCAAAUUUGUUGUGCAGCUGCGUUGGAGUUAACUUCGCUUUCAAGAUUUUAGAUAAUAUAUAUAUAUAUAAAUGCUGAUAAGGAACCAGGACUGCUGAAAGACUCAAGCAUGGCGGUACCUUUUGUGCAGGACUGGGACCUGAUCCAGACGCUGGGAGAAGGAGCAUAUGGAGAGGUGAGGCUGCUGGUGAACAGACAGACAGGAGAGGCUGUAGCGGUGAAGGUUAUUGAUACGUCUCAGGGGAAGGAGUGUUCUGAGAACGUCAAGAAAGAGAUCUGCAUCAACAAGGUUCUGUCCCACCCUAACGUAGUGCGUUUUUCUGGCCACCGGAGGGAGGGGCCGACUGUCUACUUGUUCCUGGAGUACUGCAGCGGUGGAGAGCUAUUCGACAGGAUUGAGCCUGAUUUGGGGAUGCCAGAGAGAGAAGCUCACAGGUUUUUCCAGCAGUUGAUAGCAGCUGUGGAAUAUCUCCACAGUGUAGGUAUCACCCACAGAGACAUCAAGCCUGAGAACAUUCUCCUGGACGAUAAAGAUAACCUGAAGUUGUCAGACUUCGGUCUAGCUACGAUGUUCCGUCACCGUGGGCGAGAGCGGCGUUUGAACAGGCUGUGUGGAACGCUUCCGUACGUCGCACCUGAGCUGCUCAGCAAAUUAGAGUUCAGCGCUCAACCAGCUGACAUCUGGGCCUGUGGCAUCGUCCUYACCGCCAUGUUGGCUGGAG